GACUUUUUCCGAGAUGAUAUCAUUCUUGAUUAUUGUUUGUUUGAUACAUUGAGUAGGUGAUUCGGGGCAGCGGUUUGAUGUCGUCUUGUACAACAUCUGCAGCUAUAAUAUCACGUCCGAACGAUACGACAACUCUUUUCAUCCGAAAAUUUUUACCCCUCAACCUUCCCCUUCGCGUCAUCUGUCGCCCUCCUCGUGAUUUUUUUACUCUUUUUUCGAUCGUUUUGUACAUUUCGCCGACUCUCGUUAAUUCGAUUCGAAAAUAAAACUAAAAUACGAUCUAACGAAAGCAAAAGGAAGAAAAAAAAAAGAAUUUGGCGAAAUGAAAUAUUUUGGCAACCAGAAGAGCGGCCUACCACCGCGUAUCGGUGAAAACCUCGUUGAAAUAAGCCCCUAAUUUAUAGUCGUCACACAAUAACCGUCAUAAAUUGCAUCCGAGCGCACCGAGAACCUUCGGGAGGAGUUCGAGCGAGCGACCGCGUUCUGUCGAAGAAGGGCCGCAGGAAUCUCGCGAUAUAUAAAAUAUAUAUAUCGCGAAAGGCAGCGUCUACCGGUCCAGCAAAGUAGCCGGAAUGGAUGAUUUAUAUCCGUUUUCAAAAUACGGCAAACCGCGAUAAAUUUACAUAUUUUAAUAUAAAUUUGAAAAUGUUGAGGUGCUCGUCACGCUUCGGGGAUCUCCGUAGCGGAUCCCCGGAGACCCUCGCGAGAGUGAAGAGGAAAAAAAAAAGAAAAGAAAAAAAAAGGUAAAAGAAAGAAAAACCAGAUCCUCUAAUCUACAAAGCUUGUUGGUCCGUGCGAUCCUAGUCGGCAAAGGAGAGACUGUAAACCCUUUCCCAAUUUCACCGCUAAACUGCAAACGUGCAUACAACUCUGUGUAUGACGUUUACACAAUCGCUUUCCGCAGGUAAAACGGAAGCGAGUAUAUCAGCUGUACGUGUGCGUGUACACCUAUCCAUAUAUAUUUACACACAGACACGUGCGGUAGAAAGGUCGUAACUAUAGCCACCCCCGACUCGGGAUCUGGUAGCAUUCGCGCACGUAUUCACGACCGGUUGAAAUGGGGAUGUUUGCGUUUGCAGUGUUCCGCUAAUGAACCAGGUGUGGUAGCUCAGCCAUUCUCAGCUCGUAGGGAAUGCCCUACCCGCUCACCUACCUCCGUACUCAUCAACACGCGGGAACACGAACACACCAACAAAACCCGCCGGCAAUUCACCCCUCCCUCCCUCCCCGUCCCUCCCCGCCCCGUUACUCCCCUUUACCCCCGGCCUCUCGUAGACCCUAUCAAGAGAACUCCGGACCGAAAUCCUCCGGGGGAGCGAACCGAGCGGGUAUUUUACCGCUGGUGCACCUUCUGCCGCUGGAAACGCUUCGCCGAGAGUGCACCGAAUUCUCAGACCGAUUUAGCGGAACACGAAGAUGUGCGCUCACAAUGAGCGGUAAUUUUUGUAGCUGAAAAUUUUUCGGCUUACGAUAAAUUCCUGCACCGUACGUUCUUUUGCAGAUUAUUCUCGGCGCUCGUAAUGUCGUCGCUCGUCGACGCUCGCCACGAUACGGACGAUAAGUAGGCCCGGGUAUCGUGCACGAAUUUUAUCGCGAUCAGAAUUUUUUCGACGGCUUCUGUAGAUAAUUGAAAAUGUAGAACGAAAACUGUAGCGAUAACCGGCGAUAAACGGGGGCUCAUAUCAGCCGAAUAUCCCUAUUAGCCGAUCAUUUUUAUACCGCUAAUGGACGAGUUGUAUCUAUAAAACGAAGUUGGGAGCGUUGGAUACACACAGUGUGGAGAAUGUUCGGAAUGUGGUGGUUGGUGGUGACCCUUACUUUUAGCGCCGGAACAGCCCUAGCUAUUCCGUCACGUCUCGUUACGUUUCCCUUGACCCUGGAAUUGGGCGACGAUCGCACGUUGUCCUUGACACGGGAGGAUGACGGUAUCUCGUACACCCUCAAUGAGAAAACAUCAGCGCGAAGCACCUCGGCCAAAGUCCUGAUCGGCGGCGCCGAAACCAAGAGCGGAAUAACGCCGACGGAAUACUCGGCGAGAUAUUGCGAAACGGAAUUCGAUAAAUGCGUCGAAUUGGCCGGCGAGGAUUUUAACAUCACCUUCGAAAUCGACGCGAGUCGAGCGUUGUACACCUUCUCGUACGUCACGCUGACCAGCGAUUCGCCCGACGCCGAAUUGGGCGUCAGUAUCGAACUCGAGGAAAAUGUUCAAUGGUACGGCGGCCCAGAAGCGAGACGUCAAAUUUGGCCCGUACAGGAUUCCGUUUGGAACGACACUAGUUACGUGACGAAAGAAUUGAGCCAGUCGAUAGCCAUGUCGAUCGCUGAACCGUUUUGGGUCAGCAGCAAAGGAGAUUUUUUCUACUUUCCCUCGGCCACCUCACUUUUCUUGGAUCAGAACAACCGUUACGAGGACACGAUUUAUCUUUACACGAAAAACAAGAGCCCCUUCAGGAGUCCGGAUCACGCUCAACUCGAGUACGCCACAGCUCUUACCUCGGAUCCAAGGUCGGCCUACGAAGUGGCGUCCGACCGAUUUUUUCCCCGACCGACGAGCAUUCCGCACGAAACUAUCAUAGCUAAACCUAUAUGGUCGACGUGGGCUCGUUACAAAUCGAAAAUAAACGAAUCGCUCGUUCGCGAUUACGCGAAGGAGAUCGUCGACCACGGAUUCGAAUACAGUCAGCUGGAGAUCGACGAUUUUUGGGAAGACUGUUACGGCACACUGAAUUUCGACGCGAGCGACAACAAGUUUCCCGACAUCAGGAAGCUGACCGACGAUCUCCACGAGCUCGGAUUCAUGGUCAGCCUCUGGGUAACACCUUUCGUAAACCUCGAGUGCGAAACGGUUUACAACGAGGCGUUGUCGAAGGGUUACUUCGUUCGGGACGUCGACGGAGAGGUGAACGCCACGUGGUGGCAGGGAAACAGCGCGGGUGUCGUCGACUUCACCAACGAGAAAGCGGCGAAAUGGUACACGGCGAGGCUCGAGAAUCUGAAAUCAAAGGCUGGCAUAGACUACUACAAAUUCGACGCCGGUGAAACCUCGUGGCUACCGACACCCGCCAAUCUUACGGGGGACGUUGAAAGAUCGCCGAAUAUAUUCACCGAGGAAUACGUGAGGGCUGUUGCCGUCUUCGGAAAUGGAUCCGAAGUGCGAUCCGGCCAUCGAACCCAGGAUCUCGAUAUCAUGGUCAGGAUGUUGGACAAGGACUCCGAUUGGACUUUGGACAAUGGCCUGCCGACCUUGAUAAACACUUUGCUGGUCUUGAAUAUAGCCGGCUACGGUUUCGUUCUCCCCGACAUGGUUGGCGGUAACGGAGUAAAGGGAAGUUCCCUGGUUGAUACGAAACUACCGAGUAAGGAACUUUACAUCAGAUGGCUUCAGGCGAACACCUUCAUGCCGGUUAUACAGUACUCCAUCGUACCCUGGGACUACGACGAAGAGACUGUGAAAAUCUGCUUGAAAUAUACCGAGUUGCACGAGCGAUACGCCCCGACGAUAAUCGAGGCAAUGAAUGCCACGGUGGCAACCGGAGCGCCAGUCAAUCCUCCGGUCUGGUGGGUCGACCCGUUGAAUACAGAGGCCCACAAAAUAAAAGACCAAUACAUGUUGGGGGAGGUCGUCGUGGUCGCACCGGUUAUAGUGGAGGGUGCGACUUCGAGGGAUAUUUUUUUGCCCACUGGUUCGUGGAGAGACGGUACCACACUCAAUUUGUACAAGGGUCCGACGUGGAUCUUCAACUACUCCGCACCUCUGGACGUUCUUCCUUACUUCGUUGAGGAAGAAUAUUGGAAGGCUCACAAGAGCGCCGCUUCCCAAACGACUUUCAGUCUGACAGCCGUCCUCGCAUCCGCCGUGUUGGUCGCGGCGAUUAAACUGUUUUGAUGAAUAUCUUCUGAAAUUUUAGAAAUCCUGGGAUCGUCGCAAGCUCCAAGGAUAUUUUUCACCUCCAGUUGAAGUCAGGCGAGAUUUAAAAACGAAUUUUGUUUCGCGGUCAUCCGCUCCCCGUUGCAGUACAUGUUCGUAAUCUACAUCAAGUUGUCCGAUCAAUGAUAACCCGUGAUUUUUCGGUGUCAAGUAUAUUAUUAUUUAUUCGCGUUUGCUCCGAAGUGUUUGAUAACAGAAAUCAGCGGAAUUGAUUGAUCAAUCGGACGAGGAGCCAGUCGAUUCAUCUUUUAACGAUUCUGUCGGCGAUAAUAUUUAUCGAUUUUCAAGUCGAGUCUGUUUCACGGAUUUAUACGAGUUAGGAAAUAUGCGUGUGUGUGUGUAGGUAAUAUGUGAAAGAAUUAUGUCGAAUUUCCAAGAUGUUAAUUUUUUACUUCGCAUAUCAUUAUUCCACCCUUGGCUGUUCAACGGAUUCAAAGUGAGUGAGGCGACUGCGGGACUGUUACGAUAUAUACGUAAGAACCAUAAAAAUUAUUCCGGGUAA